AUGUUUCCAGCAUUCAAAUAUUGCGCAAUAGACUAUUCAUAUGAGAAUGUAGUUAGAAAGAAGUUUUGCAGAGAUGCUUUAUUGCUUCAAAUCCCAUCAUGUUUUUAUCAAGAUGAAAAUUAUCCUGCAAGAGUUACUGAUAAUAAAUUUAGGAGGCCAUGGACAAGAGUUUCAGCUCUUUCAGUUAGGGGAAUGACAGAAAUCUCAGUCUUGGAUCAAUGGAAAGCAAGUCACUUUGUGGAGGAGUUCCCUGAGAAGAAAACAGUUACAGGAAUGGUGACCGAGCUUAACUGUGAAUUUGAGGAAAUUGUUCCAAGUUCAAACCCAGACUCCCAAACUGAAGUAGAAGAAGCCAGCUUAUAUACCCAUAAGGACUACAAUGAAGUCUUUACACUUGUCAACUGCUUAGAAAAAUGUCCAUUACUUCAAGGACAGAAGCAAGAUUUGUCUAUUGAUGAUGAAGAAAUAAUUUUUGCAAAUAAUUUGAUGGCCUAUAGAAAUCAGCUACCAACUUCGAAUACUCUGUUGAGUAGGCUAAAGCUAUUUUUGGUAAAGGAUCCCCUGUUAGAUUUCAAAGGACAGAUCUUCGCAGAAGCUAAUUUUUUCAGGGAGUGUUUCUCUUUUCAAGGAGAUAUGAAAGGUUUCGUGGAAGAUUUUUACAUGGAUAAAGAGAACUUUUGUCAGGAGAAGCUAGAAGACACAGUAGGUUUAAAUGAAGCUCCAUCAAUUUUGCCUGAGUGUGAAUUCUUAGUAUCUACAAGCCUCAGACAAGAAGUUGAUAUUCCAUCACUCUCAGAACUGAAGGAGUCAUUAAACUUAAUGCCAGAAAUAAUAAAUUACGUAGAUGAAAAUGAAAAGCUUUUCAAAAGAGAUCUUACUAUCAAGCAUGGAAUUGACAUUGAGGAUAUAAAAUGCAGCUCCACAGAAAUUUUGGCCAUUCAAAGUCAAUGUGAACCAGAGUACAAGGAACCAGUAGAGUUAGAAAUGCCAUUAACUCAUCUACACCUAACAAACGAACAUUCUUCAGUGAAUUCAUUAUGUGCAGAACUUCAGAAAUUUCCAUCUUCUCCAGCUUGUAAAAUUAGUUUGCUUAUUGCUGAAGAAUCAGCUAACAAAUACUGUAUGGUGUGGCAAUCAGAAAGCUGCAGAAGCUCUUUAAAUCCAUUUUUGUUUAGAGUGCCAAGAACUGAAGAGCCCAACAGUCUAUAUUCAGUUGCAGAUUUUAAAAAGAUAUUUUCUAUUGAAGAAGAAAGCCUUGUGGUUAAUCCUGAAAAUGCGGAGUGGUGGAAACAAGCAGGACUAAAUCUGAUAAUGACAGAAACUUUGGAACAUCUAAGUACAUAUCUGUAUCAUAAUAAUCUAUCUUCUGAUGAUAGUAAACUGGAGACAUUUUUGCCUACCAAUGUGCUUCAAUCAGAAUCAUGGCUAGAACAUAAAAGUUGUUCCUCACCUAUUAAACUUAUUGAGAUAUCUACAAAUGAUCAUUUAUCACCUUCACAAAAGACUCCACCUCUGGCAAAAGAAGUAACAGGCUCGUAUUUUUCUGAUGAAUAUGUCGCUGUUGAAAGACCACGAAAAGAAGAAAAACCAAAGAAUGACCUAGAACUAAGUUAUAGAAUAAUCCGAACUAAAGAAAAUAAAGAUUACUUGGAACUUGACAGCACAGUACCAUCUACUGAAUUAUCUUCCUCUUCCAAAAUUGAAGAAGCAUCUUUUAAACAUGGUAAAAAACAGGAGAAUAAUUUGGACCUUUUGAAUGACUUUAUUAUGCUGCGAAAUAAGUAUAAGACUUGCACCUCAAAGACUGAAGUCACAGACAAUGAUGGAAAAGAUGACAAAGAAGAACAUUCUUUAACUCUUCAAGAAGAAAAUCCUAUUGUUUGUACUAAUAAAACACUAGAGAAAGCAAAUCAGGAAAGGAGAGCAGAUAAUGUCAUUGAAAUUCAAGCAUCAGAUAGCCAGUGCCAAGCAUACUGUCUCCUAGAAGCAGCAGCUUCUCCUAUCUUAAAAAAACUUGUAUGCCUCUGUACUCUUCCUGCUGCUAACUGGAAAUUUGACACUGUCAUUUUUGACCAAACAAGGUUCCUCUUAAAAGAACAAGAAAAAGUAAUAAGUGAUGCUAUUCACCAAGGUAAAAAUGUUGAAAGAGAAAUGACAUUCAAGUAUGCUGCCCUCUUACACCUUUUGGUAACAAUUAGAGAUGUCCUUUUAACAUGUAGCUUGGACACAGCAUUGGGAUAUUUGUCAAAUGCAAAAGAUAUCUACAAAAGCAUUUUAGGCUCCUAUUUGGAUGACAUUUGGCGACAACUGGAGAUUGUACAGUUUAUUAGGGAAAAAAAGCCUGAAACCAACUACAAGAUACAAGAAUUGCAAAGUCAGAUACUAAAUUGGAUGCAAAGUGGACAGCAAAUUAAGGUGCUGAUUAUAAUACGAAUGGAUUCAGAUGGUGAAAAACAUUUACUCAUUAAAAUCCUUAACAAAAUAGAAGGUUUGACACUGACUGUCUUACAUUCAAUCAAAAACGAUUUUCUGGAAUCCAAAGGUGUUUUAAAUGGUACAAGUUUCUGUGCAGUUGUACACAAUCAAUAUAUUGGAGCAGAUUUCCCCUGGAGUAAUUUCUCAUUUGUGGUGGAAUACAAUUUUGUAGAAAACUCUUGUUGGGCUGAACAUUGCAAAAAAUUGAAUAUUCCUUACUUGGCCUUUAAAGUGAUUCUUCCAGACACAGUUUUAAAGAGAAGCACCUUGCUGGAUAGUUUUGGUGGUUUUCUUUUGGAAAUUCAUAUUCCAUAUGUGUUUUUUGCAUCUGAAGGACUUCUUAAUACUCCAGAAAUACUUCAGUUGUUAGAAUCCAAGUAUAAUAUCACAUUGGUGGAGAGAUGCUGCAGUGAGUCACUGAAACUCUUUGGAGGUACAGAGCAUUAUGUAGUGGUGACAAUUGAUGAGGACACCACCAUAAUUUUGCAGGACCUAGAAGAAUUAAACUGUGAGAAGGCAUCAGACAAUAUCAUUAUGAGACUGAUGGCAUUAUCAUUCCAGUACAGCUAUUGUUGGAUAAUUUUAUAUGCCAAAAAACCAUUAAACUCAGAGUACUAUCUUACAGAAAACACACUUCAUCACCUAGCUUUGAUUUAUGCAGCUUUGGUUUCAUCUGGGCUAAAAUCAGAAGAACUGGAUGUAAAGCUUAUAAUUGCCCCAGGAGUGGAAGAGACUGCACUGCUAAUUCGACAAAUUGCUGACCACAAUUUAAUGACCUCGAAGAGGGAUCCUCAUGAAUGGUUGGAUAAAUCCUGGCUUGAAGUUUCACCAUCUAAGGAAGAAAUGUACUUACUUGAUUUUCCAAGUGUUAAUCCAUUGGUGGCUCAGCUCAUGUUAAAUAAAGGACCUUCACUGAACUGGAUACUAUUAGCAACUCUUUGUCAACUUCGGGAACUCCUACCUGAAGUUCCAGAAAAAGUGUUAAAGCAUUUUUGUGACAUCACUUCCUUAUUCAAGAUUAGUCCUUCCGUAACAAAAUCACCUCAAAUUUCAUCACCUCAGGAAAAUAAGAAUCAAACUAGUGCCUUUACUUCUCAGAGUUCAGCUUCUGGCUCUUCAGAUUCUGUCAUUCAAGAACAUAAUGAAUAUUACCAAUAUUCAGACUUAGGAGAGACAGUGCACGAAGACACAAACACCGCUUCAAAUUAUAACUCUUCCCUUAUGAAACUAAAAGAAAUGCCAUGCAUUUUACCACCUGUGACUUCUUACAAUCAGACCAGCUACUGGAAAGAGUCCAGCUGUAACCCUAACAUAGUGCAGAAUAAUUCUUUCCUGACUAAUAUAGAAGCAAGGAAUGUGUCUGGUAAUUCCUUUCUGAACCAGAAUGAUUCAGAGUCAGAUGUCUUUUCUUUGGGUCUAACAGCAAUGAAUUGUGAAACCAUGAUAUCACCAAUUGACACUCAGAAGAGAGUUACCCCUAACUUUAUAAAUUAUCAGAAAAAGGGAACACAUGAAGCAAAAGGACCUACAAAUAAAGAAUUGUCUGCCCCUGUCUUUUCGCUAGAGGGUUCUCAAUCUCCUCUUCAUUGGAACUUUAAGAGAAAUGUAUGGCAACAACAGAAUCACUCAUUCAACUUACAAUAUGGUACAGAGCAGAAUACAUGUGACAAAUGGUACUCUCAGAAAGAUAAUUUAUUCACUAAUCAGCAAAAAUGUCUAUCGGAUGAGUUAGAAGGCUUCAUAUGUGAAAGUUCAAAUGCUGAGACUAAAAAGACUUUCUGGAAAGAAAUACCAUCCGUCCCCAGUUUGGAUUUAUUUUGUGCUUCUGAUUCUAAUGUAAGUCAAAAAGAAUUCAACAGUCUUUAUUUCUACCAAAGAGCUGGAAAAUGUUUAGGACAGAAAAGGCACUCUGUAUCUUCGUCUAACACAGGAGACAAAUCAUUAACAGAUUUCACGUGCUCACAACUACCACCAUUCAAAAAACGACGUCUAGUGUAUGAAAAAGUCCCUGGUAGACAUGAUGGACAAACUCGUCUGAGGUUUUUUUGAAAGAAAGGAUAGUGCUGCAUGCCACAUUUCAUUCUUUUUUAUGAUAAACCAGUAAUAAAAUGAUUUAGGUUUGCUCAUAUAUCAAUGAAAAUGCAAUUGUUCUUUGAUGUUCUCGGUGUUUCUACAUUAAAUUUUCAUAAUGUACAUCUUGCCUUAUAGUUUAUAUCUUUGUAAGUAUUCUAAUUAACAUAAUAUUGUUUAUAAGAUCCAAAUAGCUCCCAGAUUCACUUAAACGUGAAAAGCCUUUUUUUUUUUUUAAGAGAAAUAGAAAACUUUGCCGGAUGUAUAUCAAAGGGUUGUUUGUUGUCUCCUGAAGGGCCUGCUGCCUCCACCUUUCCUCCAGCAAAAGCCUUUGAAAUGAGCCUCCAUCUCAGUCUGACCCUCUGAGUCCAGAAGUGAAGAUCACCACAGUCAACCCUCCACCACCAAGAAAGUUAAAACCUAGGGCAAAAUUGAAGUUAGAGAACUUCCAAUUUAAAUGCUGUCUUCAUAAACAAAAUUUUCAAACAAACCACUAAGAGAAAAUAUUUGCGACCCACAUGACAGAAAAAGGGCACACAUUCCUAAUAUACAAAGAAUUCCUACAAAUUGAUAGGAAAAAAGACAACCUAAUAGAAAAAUGGGCAAAAUAUAUGAAUAGAUAUUUCACAGAAGAAACAAAAAUAGCCAAUAAACAUUUGAAACAAUAUGCAUCUUCAUUAUUUAUUAGGCAAAUGCAAAUUAAAACAAUAAAUUACUGCUUUUUCACAUAUCAGAUCAGCAAAAUUUUUGAGAAUUCCAGUGUCAGCAUAUGGGAGAAAGAACACUUUCCUGUAUUGUUGGUACAACAUUUGGGGAAGAUAUUUGGUAUAUUUUUACAUGGAUGAUUGUAGGUUUCUAAUUACUAUAGUAUUUGUAUUCCAUUGAAUACAUUUAAAAGAAAGAUGUAAUAAUUUUAUUUUAAAAUGUCAAUAUUUCUAAUAAAAUUUUAUUCUUUGCAACUAUUCAAAGUUCUGAUGAAACUUUUACAUGUCAACUCUAAAAUGGAGGUACAUGGAUUGGGGACAUCCUUUUUGCAAAAAUGUUUGAAGACCACAAGCAUUCUUUCUCUCUCUUUCCUGGCUUCUGAAAUUAUCACCCUGUUACUACCAAAAUUGACCUCUACCUUUUUAGACCCAAAGGACAUUCAGACAUCACCUCACUUGAUUUCUCUUCACUGUUUGAUACUGUUAAUCACGUCCUCCUUUUUGAAACUGGCUUAACUUGACUUUAAACCAACUCUCUUACUCUUUUAUUACACUUUUAUUUAUAGGAUGUUUGGUUUUGCUUGGGUGUGUGGGGGGUGGAGACUUCAAAGAGAAACUAUUUCUGGAAAUUUUAUUGGAAUUUCUGUUGUGCUUUCUUAAAGUUUUGGCAGGAUUUCUCCUAAACUAAGGUAAGGCUGUCUUACCAGUUUGCGGAUCUCCUUGAUCCCAUCUUUUGUUUUUUUUAACUUUUUUAAAAAAAUUUAUUUACUUAUUUAUUUUAUUUAUUUUUGGCUGCGUGAGGUCUUCGUUGCUGCACGUGGGCUUUUCUCUAGUUGCCGCGAGCAGGGGCUAUUCUUUGUUGCGGUGCGCAGGCUUCUCAUUGCGGUGUCUUCUUUUGUUGUGAAGCAUGGGCUCUAGGCACUCAGGCUCAGUAGUUGUGGCACACAGGCUUAGUUGCUCCGCAGCAUGUGGGAUCUUCCUGGACCAGGGGUCGAACCUGUGUCCCCUGCAUUGGCAGGCAGAUUCUUAACCACUGCGCCACCAGGGAAGUCCCUUGAUCCCAUCUUUAAUCAGCUUGCAGAGAAGAGGAGUUUCUUUACAGGCCCUAGACUGGGGCAAGCUUAGGCCAAGCUAUCAACACCGACCCCCCUGCUUCCUCACCAAAUAGAGUGAAAGCGUCCGAGUCCUCCUGCCUGUAUUUCUCAAUGAUGCUCGGUGUUUAAGGACACAUUCAUUCUGCCUGGGUCUGUAGCAGCCUCUAGUGCUGUUGCCCAUCAGAGGUAUUAUUGGGAGGCAAGUCUUGUGUUGGUAGCCUGGGAACAGAGGAUAAAGUAAAUGAGUUCUGCUUCAGCAGAGCACUCCCAGGGAGCGAUUGUCACAUGACCGGUUGCGUUGGUCCAUAGGAGAAGCCUGAAGGGUUUGGAUAGGUCCUUGUUAGGGGGUCAGAAUUGUCAGUCCAGCCUCCAAGAUCCUCUCCCAAACACCAUAUCACAUGGAAUUAUUUAGAAUAGGCCCAACUUCCCAGGUUGGCUCUUGCCAUGGAAACUUGGAUUCUCUGAGAGUGUUUCCCCAUGAGGCUUUUCAUGUUCUAAGGGGAGUUACUUGCCCUUAGAUCUAUGACUGGUAGUUGUAAUGCUCACCUCUGAGGGCUUUUGAGUGGCCUUACCCCCAAGUUCCUAGGCCCAGCCCAAACUCUGUAGGACUCAUCAGAACACCAGCUGUCCCUUCCAGUUGUGGGUGGACAUAAGAUACCCCUUCCCUCGUCAGUGAGACUCAGCGUACAACUGGGGAUCAACGCCAGGGUGUCCCAUGCCUUGCCUCUCACAGUAAGAGCCCGGUUAUUCUCCCCAAAUAACAAGCCUGCCCUAAAGCAAAGUAUCCAACAAUUUUAAUAAAUGGAGUAGCCUAGGUUGGAGGGGAUGGGGAGUGCAAACUGUAGCCAUCCAAAAAUGAAAGCUGAAAAAAAUACGUUUUCUGUCUUUUUCUUUUGCUUAUUUGGUUUAUCAUUUUUACCGUACAAGAAUUUUAAAUUCCAUACUUAAUUAAAUUAUUUAUUUAUUUAAAUUGCUUAUUUAUUUAAAUUUAAUUUGAUCAUCAAGUAUACACAUCUUCUCUUUUUUGAUUUCUGGGUUUCCUGCCUUGCUUACAAAGCCCUUUUUUACCCUGAAGUUACACAACUAUUCUAACUUUUCUUCUAAUGCUUUUUUAUCACCUUUCUUUAACCUAUGUGGAAUUUUUUUUGCAUAGUAUAAUACAGGCCCAAUUUUAUUUCCUUCCAAAUGCAUAGCCAGUAAUGCCAGCACUAUUUGUUAAAUUAACUAUACUUUCCACUGAAUAGAAAAAAAGAGUCAGGUCUAUUUCUGAACUAUUAUGAUCCAUCCAGUCAUCUAUUUGUCUAGUCCUAUACUACAAUAAUAUUGUUUAUUUUGAAUUUUGUUUUGAAUAUUUUGUUUUUUUAAGUCAUAUUGUUCUGAUUCAGCAGCUUCAAAGUAAGUUAGUAUCUGGUAAGGCAAGUUUCACCCUCCCAUGUUUCAUACACACACACGCACGAUUUUGUUUUGUUUUAUUUAUUUAUUUAUUUAUUUAUUUAUUUUUGCUGUAUUGGGCCUUCGUUGAUGCAUGCGAACUCUCUCUAGCUGCAGCAAGCGGGGGCUACUCUUCGCUGUGGUGCGCGUGCUUCUCAUUGCAGUGGCUUCUCUUGUUGCAGAGCACUGGCUCUAGGCCCGCUGGCUUCAGUAGUUGUGGUGCAUGGGCUCAGUAGUUGUGGCUCACGGGCUCCAGAGCACAGGCUCAGUAGUUGUGGCGCAUGGGCCUAGUUGCUCUGUGGCAUGUGGGAUCUUCCUGCUCCAGGGCUCGAACCUGUGUCCCCUGCAUUGACAGGCGGAUUCUUAACCACUGCACCACCAGGGAAGCCCACAUGCACAGUUUUAAAAGCUAUUCUUGGACACUUGAUUUUCCAUAUAAACUUUUAGAUAUUUUAACCAGUUUCCCUUAAAAAAUAAAAUAGGAAUUCCACUAAAUUUAUAUAAAUUUUAGUAAGAUUGCAUUUUAAUGAAAUUGUCCUAAUAUCCUGAAAUUUAUUUGGACCCUGUUCUAUAAACAUCAGUAAAAUCUUUUAUGAUUCUUGCACUUUUGUUAAAGUAUUGUUCAAGUAUUUUUUAUAGUUUUGUCAUUAAAGUGGAAAUGGGAUAGUUUCCAUUUCUAUUUUUUAAAAUUAUGGUUGAUUUACAGAGUUGUGCCCAUUUCCAUUUUUAACUAGCUAUUGUCAGUGUAGAAAAUGCUUUUUAUUUUUCUAUAUAUACUUUGUAUCCAGCCAGCCUCCCAAAUUGUAAUAUUACAAAUUCAAGUAUUUCUUUUACUAAACUGAGUUUUCAAAGUGUAAAAUUAUAUAAUCCAUAAAUACAGAUAUUAUUUCUUCUUAAAUGUUUACGCCAGCAAGUCAUGUGAUGAAAUCCAAUAGCUGUUCUGAAUAAAAACUAAGUGAAUUAGUGAAAUAAGAGAAAGAAAUUAAAGAUGAUAAAGACAGUUUAUUAAAAUCAACAGCAAAUUUCAUAUUACAUGGUGAAAUGUGGAAGCAUUCAGCAUAUUAGGAACAAACAAAAUACUUUUUAUCACCACUAGUAUUCAGCACUACUUUGGAAGUCUUAGCUAAUGCAGUAAGAUGAAAAAAUGAAAUGAUGUAAACAUUCUCUUCUUUAAACCCUUCAUGUAAUGAAUGACAUUGAUAGAUUUGCUUAUGUUGAAUUAGCUUUGUAAGGCUGUAUCGUCUCUUGAUAAACUACAGAACUUGACUUGCUUAUAUUUAAGACCUAUCUAUACUCAUAAGUGAGAUGUCUAUAGUUUUCUUGUACUAUCUUACCAAGUUUUUGCCAAAGGGAAAGUGCAAUCAAGAGAUUUUUUUUUGACACAUAAAAAGCUCUACAUAAUUAAUGUAUACAACUUAAUGAAUUUGGAGAUACGUAUACACCUAUGAAACCACUAACACAAUCUAUGCCAUAAACUUACCCAUCACCUCCAAAAGUUUCCUCCUGCCUUAUUUUUUGUGAUAAGAACAAUUAACAUAAAAUCUACCCUCUUACCAAAUUUUAAAGUAUCCAGUACAGCAGUGUUAACUACAGGCACUGUGCUGAACAGUAGAUUUCUAAUAUAUACUCAUCUUUUAUAGCUGAAAAUUUGUUUUUUGUUUUUUUGUUUUCCAUUUUAUUUGUCUGUGCUGGGUCUCAGUUGCGGCACGUGGGAUCUUCGUUGCGGCAUCAGGGAUCUUUUAGCUGCGGCAUGCAGGCUCUUAGUUGCAGCAUGCGGGAUCCCUGACCAGGGAUCGAACCUGGGCCCCCUACAUUGGGAACAUGGAGUCUUAACCACUGGACCACCAGGGAAGUCCCGAAAAUUUAUUUUUUAAUGGAGAUUUUUUUUAAUGCUUUUUGUUAAGAUGGAGAAUGGAACAUGUUUAAAUGCUGAUAAAAGGAUGCAGUAGAGAAGUUGAAGAUAAAGAAGAAAAAGGCUAACUGAUAGUGUGACAUUUCAGAGGUGAAACGGAUCCACAGAAUAAGAGGGUUAGAAAAAGGACACCUGAAUUUUAUCAAAUGGAAGGGAUUCAGAUGACUUAGAUUUG